CUACAACAAAAUGGCGUCCCUAACAACAGGAAUGCCUACACAGGCCUUAGUUAAGGCAGCACUUGAAAAAUCGAAAAUUGUCGAAACAAAACAGCCGAAAUAUGAAAGAAUAGGAUACCUACUGUCGUCAUUGUUGAAAGGAGUGAAAAGAGAGACUAUCUCAGCCCAUCUUACUAAACUAUACGGACAAACUGAUUUGGGUGACGCCCGAGAUGUCCAUGAUGGAAUGCGUCCGAUUCCAUUCACUAGCUUCGAAGAAGUCAAGUCAUCAGGUAAAGCUGAUAUACCUAUGAUAUCAGUUGCUGGGUGGUGUAAAACUGUACGUAUGCAAAACGCGGGAAAACUGGGAUUCGUGAUUUUAAACGACGGUAGCUGCAAAGCUGAUUUGCAAGUAGUUGUACACGAGGGAGCUAUUGGCCACCAAGCUGUGGACAAGUGCACUUCAGGUACAACUAUUGCUAUAAGAGGUACACUAGUCGAGAGACCAUCAAAACCUGGCUCCUUCGAAGGGAAGGAAAAGGAAGAAACACUCGAAGAUGUAGCACGCAAGUACGAAGUACACGUUGCCCCCCUGGAAGGCCACUAUUUGGAAGUCAUCGGUGAAAACUUCGAUGCUGCCAAGUAUCCAAUCGCCAAGAAGUAUAUCACACAGGAAUUCCUGCGUGAAGUUGCACAUCUAAGACCAAGGAGCUACUUCAUCAGUUCCGUCAUGCGUGUGAGGAGUGCUUUGGCGAUGGCCACGCAUAUAUAUUUCCAGAGGCUGGGAUGUAUAUACCUGCACACGCCACUUAUCACUACCACCGACUGUGAAGGUGCUGGAGAACUGUUCCAAGUGACCACUAUGUUGGAAGACUGUAAGACGUUGGGUGACCUGGCCAAAAAAAUGACGGCUCAUGGAGACCCAAAGAAAGCUAAAAUCUUAGAAGAGAUGGAAAUGGACUACAAGAAGGAUUUCUUUAAACGCAAGGCGUACCUCACUUGCAGUGGGCAGUUAUCAGCAGAGAACUACGCAUGCUCCAUGGGAAAGGUAUAUACAUUUGGGCCUACUUUCCGUGCUGAGCACAGCCACACCUCAAGGCAUUUGGCAGAAUUCUGGAUGGUGGAACCUGAAAUCGACUUUUGCGAUCUAGCAAAAAACAUGGACAUUGCAGAAGAGUACGUGCAAUUUGCCAUUAAGUAUGCCUUGGACCACUGUCUGGAUGAUCUACUUUAUCUUGAAAGCAUUGGAGAUAAGGGGCUAGUAGACAGCUUACGCUCAUUUGCAACUGAAAAGUUUGUCCGUAUAACAUACACAGAUGUUAUCGAUAUCCUGAUGCAACAUGAAGCUGAUUUCCAGGCAGGCCGUGUUGAGAUAGACAGUGCCCAAUGCAAGAGGGAAGAUGGAUCUGAACCCAGGAAAACCGCAUUUGAAAAUCAUGUUGAAUGGGGAAUUGACCUAUCGAGUGAACACGAACGUUUUAUCGCUGAAGCUGUAUUCAAGAAGCCGACUAUUAUAUACAACUACCCCGCCAAAAUAAAGGCAUUCUACAUGCGUAGGAACGAUGAUGGCAAGACAUGCGCUGCUAUGGAUGUGAUUGUACCACGAUUCGGCGAAUUGGUUGGUGGAUCACAGCGUGAAGAGAGGCGUGACGUACUAGAGGAUUCCAUUAAGCAGAACGGCCUGUGCAUGGAUGACUACACAUGGUACAUGGACCUCCGUACAUACGGAUCAAUACCUCAUUCAGGAUUCGGUCUUGGAUUCGAAAGGUUGGUCAUGCUGGUUACAGGCGUUUCCAACAUCAGGGAUGUAAUCCCAUUCCCACGUUACGUAGGCAAGGCCGAUUUCUAAGUUUUUAACCAAAAAGGCGCAUUAAUUU